AUGGCUCUUCAAGCAGGAGGCAGUAUCGGAGUAGACCUUCAGGCUAAGAUUGAAGCCGCCAUAAGAGCUCUCUGCGCUUUACAAGGAAGCAUUGGUGGAACUGUUGGAGUUAAUAUUCAGGUUGCUCUUGCUGCUCUCAUUCAAGCUCUAGCUUCAUUCCAAACUAGUGCCUUUGGCAGCCUAGGAGGAAGUCUUCAGAUUUUGAUUAACACUACCUUGAGCGCUAUAACUCGUAUCAUUGGUAGUAUUGGAAUUGGAGGCGGUGGUACCGUCAUAAUCGGCGGUGGCGGAAGUAUCUCAGUGGAUUUGAAAGCCAAGAUUGACAUUCUAAUCAAGGCUAUAACUGCAUUCCAAACUACGGCUGCUGGAUGUAUCACAGCGGACGUUCAACUAAAGCUUAAUGCUGCACUCCAAGCUUUGAUUUCUCUUCAAGCAGGAGGCAGUAUUGGAGUAGAUCUUCAGGCUAAGAUUGAAGCCGCCAUAAGAGCUCUCUGCGCUUUACAGGGAAGCAUCGGUGGUACUGUUGGAGCAAGUGUCCAGGUUGCUCUUGCCGCUCUCAUUCAAGCUCUAGCUUCAUUCCAAAUAAGUGCCUUUGGCAGCCUAGGAGCAAGUCUCCAGAUUUUGAUUAGCACUACCUUGAGCGCUAUAACUAAUAUCAUCGCUGGAAUUGGUGGAACAAUUGGAAUCGGUGGCGGUAUUGGUGGCGGCAUUGGUGGCGGCAUUGGCGGUGGACUCGGACUUGGUGCCGGACUCGGACUUGGUGCCGGACUCGGACUUGGUGCCGGACUCGGUGGCGGACUUGGUGGCGGACUCGGACUUGGUGCAGGACUUGGUGCCGGACUCGGACUUGGUGCCGGACUCGGUGGCGGACUUGGUGGCGGACUCGGACUUGGUACUGGACUUGGUGCCGGACUUGGACUCGGAGCUAAUCUGGGACUUGGAGCCAAUUUGGGACUAGGAGCCGGAGUUGGAGCCGGAGUCGGAGCUGGAGUUGGAGCUGGAGUUGGUGCUGGAGUCGGAGCUGGAGUCGGAGCUGGAGUCGGAGCUGGAGUCGGAGCUGGAGUCGGAGCUGGAGUCGGAGCUGGAGUCGGAGCUG